AUGCUGCAGGAAGAGAAAUGGGGCACACAGACCCGGCCUCUGCCCCCCUUCCUAGUAUCUUCUGUAGCCAUUUCCCCAUCCCUUAUGCCUUUCAUGGCAGUCAUACCAAAGCUUGUCUUCAUCCCUAGCGAUGCACCGCCUCAGUCUCCGCCAGCCAAUCCGGCCUCUCCGGUGGUUGCGCGCUCCGCCCCCUCCAUCCGAGCCCGCGCCGGCCUUCUCCGCUCCGCCCGCCUCACUCCUUUCUGGGCGGUUGGGCAGCGCGCCUGUCCGGGCGGGGCGCUGAGCGAGCGACCCAGCCUCUGGGACGCGGUGGCGGCGGUUGCGGCGGCGGCGGCGGCUGGGUCUGCCCAGACUGUGGCGGAGGCGGUGGCUGAGGUGGAGGCGGAAGGAGGCGGCGGCUGCAGAGGGGGGAAGAUGGCGGCGUCUGUCCUGCUGAGAGUGUCGGUGCCGCCGUGGGAGCUGGUGGCCUGGUACGCCGUGUGCCCUUCCGGGAUACUGCUCUAUUUCUACACCGACCACGUGGAGCGGGAGAAGGAGUGGGACCCCGAGCACCGGACCCUCUGCAACCUGGAGUCCUGGGGAAAGUGCUCCGCCGCCCUUGCCUCCAGAAUCCUUACCCAGAGUCCAGCGCCUCGUUCCUGUCCAGGAUCACCUUCUGGUGGAUCACAGGGUUGAUCAUCCGGGGCUACCACCAGCCCCUGGAGAGCAGUGGCCUCUGGUCCUUAAACAAGGAGGACACAUGGGAACAAGUCAUGCCUGUUUUGGUAAAGAACCAGAAGAAGAAAUGCGCCAAGUCUAGGAAUAGGUGACAAGUAUUUGUUCAGCACCUGCUGUGCAUUGUUUUAUGUACUGAGGAUACAGCAGCCCACCUGGAGCUCACAUUCUAGUGGGGAAAGAAAAUAAAGAAAAUUGGGAAUACAUAGCCAGCAGAAUUUGAAAACAUAACGAAACACCAAGGAAGAAAAGUCAUAGAAAAAGAAAAAAAUUUAAAAAGCAUUAUGGAAAUAGGCAGAAAUACUAGCCUAAAGGGAAAACAAAACUGGGAAGUUAAGUAAUUUCUCUCCAAGACUUGUCAAAUCUUGGUUUUGUAAAACUUCCAGUCCUAUGGCCAAACCUUUACCCUGCCCUAAAGACUUUGAUGGUUAAUUUUUUAAAAAAAGAUGCUGGUUACCACAAAAAUUGUCAGAUUUAUUAAGACAAAAUCAAGGACUAACCUCAUUUCUAACAGUAACCUAAAAUGAGAGCUUAACUUAUUUAGACUCAUUAAUUUAAACAUUAAUUAAAACAAUCUGAGUACUCUUAUUCAGACCUAUACCUUGAUCAAAGUGCUGCACAGAUAUCUCUAUCAAUCUGUACUCAGGAGCAAAAGAAAAGAUUUGAAAGCCAGAUAGGCUGGCGGUCAAACUGUGGGUCAGCUGCUUUGUCAACUAUGGGAUCAUGAUCCAAUUAAUCAACCUCUCUAAACCACAGCUGCCUAUUUAAUAAAUAGUAGGUUAUAAGAAAACACAAGUUGUGAUGGCUUUAUGAGAUAAAUGCAUAGCACACAAUAGGGUAUUUAGCCCAGAAUACAACACUCAAUAGAUAUUAGUUUCUUUCAUCUAUAUUUUCUUAGUUAAUAUAAUUUUUUAAAUCUGUAAAAUCCUACCUGACUGCAGAUUCUUCAGAACUCCUGGAAUCUAUUAAAGGAAAAGGUAAAAUGCAUUUUAAAGAAUGUGUAGAUUAUUAAAACCAAAAGAAAGUAUAGCCAUACAUGCCUUUAAUUUCAACUAUUUGGAGGCCGAGAAAGGAGGAUCACUUGAGAAACCCAGAAGUUUGAGACCAGUUUAGGAAACAUAGCGAGACUCUGCCUUCAUUAAAAAAAAAAAAAAAA